UCUCAUGGUGGGGCUCUUGGUCUUCCAUGGUGGGCUGAUGAUAACAAAUAAAUAGCAGCAGCAGGACAAGAGCAGUGUUUUUAUCAUUUCAGAGGAAGUGGUGACUUUUUCAUUUUAUUUCCUCCAAUGCAUCUCUAAACUCGCUGAAAAUGACGAAAUGGAAGGUUGUCUCCGAACGAGACAAAUACGGAAUCGCAAUCUUCAACUUUAAAGAGAAAGGCAAAUUUUGCCUCGAACUUCAAGUCGGAGAGGCUGUGUACAUUAUCAAGGAGAGUGGCGAGUGGUAUUUCGGCUGCACCGCCAAUAACAGAGACUGCCAUGGAAUAUUUCCUAAGUCAUUUAUACAGAUUCGCGAAUCUGUCGUCGACAAGUCAGGACCCGUUGAGAUGAUAGUGCCAAAUCACUCUCCAAUUGUUUUGGAGAUCACUGCUGUCCUCAGAGAAUGGGGUGUUCUGUGGAAGCAACUCUAUGUUACUCGACACUCAGAGUAUGAGAAAAUCCAGAAGAUGAUGCUGGAAUUAAUGAGAUGCCGCACAAAGAUACUCUCUGGUAACCUGCCAGUGGAUGAAAUAAAAGACAUAAAGCAACUGGUAACCUCAAAAAUUGACCUGGGAAACAACACCCUUGGUCUGGACAUGGUUGUUAGAGACGAGCAGGGAAACAUUCUGAAUCCAAUGCUUACUUCUGCAAUCCAACUGUACAUGUAUCAUGACUGUGCCACAAAGAGAAUCAAGGGUUCGCACACAAAAACCAACAAAGUAGUCACACACCAUUCGCACAUAUUUUUUGUGUCAAUACGUAAUUUUGUCUGCAAAAUGACUGAGGACGCCGACUUGCUCAUGAUGCUGUACGACGCCAAAGAGGGCAAACCAAUCACUGAGAGUUAUGUUGUGAGGUGGAGCCGGGAAGGCUUGGCUCAGGACGUCGACCAGAUCAACAAUCUCCGAGUCCUUUUUACAGAUUUAGGCCAGAGGGAUCUUCGGCGCGAUAAGGUCUACUUAGUUUGCUUCGUAGUCCGAAUUGGUGCCAUGGAGGCCAAAGAACUGGACAUAAAGCGGGCGUCCCAAAUGCCACGAAAAACGCCCGCCUUGACUGAUUGCAUUAGAAGGCCUUGCGGAGUGGCCGCUCUUGACGUUACUCUGUAUCUGAAAGGAGGUAUCGAGACAAAUGAGGAUACGCACAUACCUGUGCCUUUCACCCCGUGUGGGGACAAAGACAAUUUAGAUGGAACGCUGAAGAAAAUUUUAGCUGGAAAAGACAUGAAUCAAAAAGAACCAAAGGGUCAAGGCCUCUGGACUAGUCUGAAACUGCUGCAUGGAGACUUAAAACAGGUUCGGGAAGAAAAUCCGCACCUUGUUUUGGGAUCUGUUGCCAUUGCUCGGAAAAUGGGAUUCCCGGAAAUAAUUUUGCCUGGAGACGUGAGGAAUGAUUUGUACCUCACCUUGGUCUGUGGUGAAUUUUCCAGAGGGAGCAAAUCCACAGACAAAAAUGUUGAAGUUACAGUCAGAGUCUGCAACGAGAAGGGACAGUCAAUCCCGGGUGUAAUUAUGCUUGGAGCUGGGGUUAGUCCUCAAGAUGAGUACAGGUCCGUAGUUUACUACCACGAAGACAAGCCAAAAUGGUUUGAAACGUUGAAAAUUGCUGUCCCGAUUGAUGAGUUCAAAUCUUGUCACAUUAAAUUUUACUUCAAACACAGAUCUUCAAAUGAAGCCAAAGAUAAGUCGGAGAAGAUUUAUGCCAUCUCGUAUGUCAAACUAAUGCAAGACAAUGGCACAACUCUUCCUGACACAGUCCACGACCUUCUGGUUUACAAGGUAGACCACAAGAAGUUUGACGAAUCUGAUCUUGGCUACUUGAAAUUGCCUUCUACAAAAAGUGACCUUGCUGAAGGACAAAAGCCACAGAUCAGCGGACUCUCCAUCAGCACCAAAGACAACCUGACUAUUCAGACAAAUGUUUGCUCAACCAAACUCACACAAAAUGUUGAUCUUCUUGGCCUGUUAAAAUGGGCAGGUCAACCUGAAAAAUUGCAAGACAGCCUCAAAGCACUGAUGAAAGUGGAUGGAGAGGAAAUAGUCAAAUUCUUGCAAGAUGUUCUAGACGCUUUAUUCAACAUUUUGAUGCAAAACUCAGACUCUGACAUGUAUGACAAGAUGGUUUUUGAGUGCCUUCUACACAUCAUCAACCUUGUGUCUAGUGGUAAAUACCAGCACUUUCAGCCGGUCCUUGAUCUCUACAUCAAGGAGAGCUUCAGCGCCACUUUGGCCUAUCAUAAAUUGAUGCACGUAUUGAAGCAGUACAUUGACGAAGCAGAUCAAGAGAUAGCAAACUUGGACUCUGACAUUCUGCACAGGGCCAUGAAAUCUCUUCAGUACAUUAUCAAAUUCAUCGUUCGCUCAAGAAUUCUUCAUGCUGAGCUCAAUGAAGGACAAGGGGAGGAGGACUUUUCUUACUCUCUGCGGGGUCUUCUCCAAAGCAUGAUCAACUUGAUGAGCUACACCAACAAGCACAUUGUGGUUCACCAAGCGUCAUGCCUCAAAUACCUACCGACGACUAUUCCAGACAUUCUUGAAGUUUUCAGCCCUACGGAUUUGAGCCAAAUGCUUCUCUCCAUGAUCUUCAGCCUCCAAGGCACUCACCUUGCUACACAGAAAAUGUAUACUCUGAAGGACAUUGUCCUCAGCGAGUUGUUUCUCGACCCAGAGUGUCGAUCAAUUUUGCUUCCGAGCAUUUUGAAACAAGUCCGAGAAAUGCUGGACAACAGUAAUGAGGCUCGUUUUGGAUUAGAGUCGAGAAACAGAUCAAAAGCCAAGAUUGCCAAAGUGCUUGGCGCUUUUGAAGAAAAUAUACUCGGUGACGGUGAUUUAAUUUUGGAUGAGAUGUCGAUGUGUGUCCAAAUUCUGAGUGAUCUUAUGGAACUGCUGUUCCAAAAGAAAGCUGGUCAGACAAUGGAUGACAUAACUCUGAUCAUGCAAACAAUAUUGAGGACUGUGAUUCAAACUACAAUUAGACUGCCUAGGAAAAAUGAGCUGAAUAAAUCCCUUGUGUCAAUCAUGAUUGCCGUCUUUCGGCAAAUGACGCCAAAUCAUUUUGAGCAGUACUUUGAGCACUUCAGCACCAGAAUUGACCUUUUGGAUUUCUUGAUGGAAAUACUUUCUGCAUUUAGGGACUUGGUCUCUGUUCCGGUCUACCCCAACGACUGGUGUGAUAUGAUAAUGCUACAAAACAGUGUCAUCCUAAAAUCCCUGAGAUACUUUUCUCACAACAUUCGCGACUACUUCACAAACCAAUUUGAGAAACAAGUCUGGAACAACUUUUUCCACUGUGCUAUAGCAUUUUUGACGCAGCCAGCACUGCAGUUGGACAGCUUUUCUGCCAACAAAAGAGCACGGAUAAUCAGUCGUUACAAAGACAUGAGACGAGAGACGGCAUUUGAAAUACGAGUCAUGUGGUUCAACUUAGGAUCGCACAAAAUUCAGUUCAUUCCUGAGUUGGUUGGGCCGUUCCUAGAGAUGACCAUGAUUCCAGAAGUCGAACUGCGAAAAGCGACCAUUCCUAUUUUCUUUGACAUGAUGCAGUGCGAGUUUUACUCUUCAAAGUCUGAGGAGGAUAACAUUAUGAGGAUGGAUACUAAGAAGGAUUCCUCUCAAAUCAAAGCAAAUUUUUGCAAGUUUGAGGAUGAAAUGAUUGCAAAACUAGACUCUCUUGUGGAAGGGGGCAAAGGCGAUCACCAGUACAAAGAUUUGUUCAAUAGUAUUCUUUUGGAAUUGAGCAAGAGUCACUCUACUAUGAGUAUCCAGGGUCAGCACUUUGUUGAGACUAUGACAAAGCUAAUGGAGUGUCUGCUGGAGUAUAGAAACGUAGUCACAGAAGAAAACAAAGAGAACAGAAUGAGUUGCACUGUCAAUGUUCUGAAUUUCUAUAAUCAAAUCAACCGCAAAGAAAUGUAUAUUCGUUACGUCAACAAACUAUAUGAACUGCAUUUGGAGUGUGAAAACUUCACCGAAGCAGCCUACACACUAAAACUGCACAGCAAGCUGCUGUUGUGGUCAAAUAGCAAAACCUCCCUCCUCUUACGGAGUAGUCGCUCUCCAGAGCACAGAACUCAUCGCGAGUUGAAGGAAAAAAUUUACAACGAUAUGAUUGACAAUUUUGACCGCGGAAAGAUGUGGGAGUGUGCUCUGGAAAUUUGCAAGGAGCUUAUUGUGCAAUAUGAGCAGGAAACCUAUGAGUAUGUCAAGCUCAGCGAGUUGCACAAAAGGAUGGCUGUUUUCUACCAAAAAAUCAUUGAGCAAAUUCGGCCAGAACCUGAAUAUUUCAGGGUUGCAUUCUACGGUCGUGGCUUUCCAAGUUUUCUCCAGAACAAGGUGUAUGUGUACCGAGGGAAAGAAUACGAACGGCUUAGUGACUUCUCAAGUCGCACUCAACUUCAGUUUCCAAAUGCAGAACUGAUGAAAAAGUUGGUACCACCUGGAGAGGAUAUCACAGAGUCAGAUAAGCAAUAUCUGCAAAUCAACAAAGUUGACCCUGUAAUGAAUGAAAACGAGUACAACUUCUCAGGCAAGAAUGUGAAUGAAUCGAUUGUCAAGUUCUACCGUGUGAAUGAAGUCAGAAAGUUCCGAUACUCUCGUCCAUUCCACAAAGAGCCGCGGGACCCGGACAACGAGUUUGCCAGCUUGUGGUUGGCUCGUACAGUCCUCACCACAGAGGAGUCAUUUCCAGGAAUUCUGCACUGGUUCCCUGUUGAUAGCUGUGAAACGCACCACCUUAGUCCUAUUGUAAAUGCCAUAGAGGACAUGGAGGCCAGUAUCAAGAGUUUAAGAGACUUGAUUGUGUAUCAUGCUAACAACCCGACUCAACUUUGCUCAAAUUUGAGUAUGAAACUGAACGGAGUAGUUGAGCCUGCAGUGAACGGUGGAAUCAAAAAGUACGAAAAAGCAUUCUUCACUGGAGACUAUCUGGAGGCCAACCCCGAUCAAGAAACUGGCAUCGCCAUGCUGAAGAAUUUGAUGGCCUGUCAGAUUCCAGUAAUUGAAAUUGGGCUGGAUCUGCAUCGCAGACUCGUUCCAGAAGACAUGGUGCCUUUUCACCAGAAAAUUGAGGAACAGUUUGUGUUACUGAAGGACGAGGUUGAGUCGAAAUACGGAAAGAGGAAAUGUGAUCAGCAGCUGGAACAGCUGAUUUCUUCAGCGCCAGUGGUUCGUCGGCAGUUUUCACGUACCUCGACCAUCUGUGAACUGCCUAGCAGAAUGUCUGAAGUGAGCCUCUUGGCUGAGGCUGGUGCUGGCGUUUCAAUCAGUGUCACUAACGCCCAGGGUGGAGGCAGCACAAGUGGUGGCGCCCAAGCGGCCACCACGCAAAGGUCCAGAGUGUCCAGUCUCACCAGGUCAAAUCUAAAAAAUCUAACCAACUUUGAUUUUACGAAGAGCUUUACCAACCUCCACACGGGCACUCUCGGCAGGAACUCUGGUUUGAAAGCAUCAUCAUCAUCCACACCAGUACAAAAACUCUUCCCGCGUAAUUUGCCAAAUUCUGCUUCUCCCAGCAAACGAGAGAAGAAGAGAGAUAAGGACAAAAGUAGAAGAAAAACUUCAGCCUCGACGCUCUCCAUACCUCCAUCCCCUGGAACUCAGUGGUACACAGAAAAUGAAGGUUCAUCUCCUCAGCAAGGCUCAACACCCAUCAGCAGCAGCACAACCCCGCCAGUAUUUGAGCUGAGGCAGGAAUUGACUCCGAAACGGCCUCUCCGAUCGGAGGUGGAAAAGGAAAAAAGGCUGAGCAGACCAAACAGUGGCUCUUUUACAAUGCGAUUCUCGACUCUCAGCCUUACACCAAGCAAAAAUGGAUCCAAUCGUGAUUCUAUAGUCACAACCGAUUCUACGGCCAGCGAAGAAGAUUUCAACAUUCCACCUCCGUUGCCUGCAAAACAACGAGUUGAGGCUGCAGAACCAGACUACUGCAAUUUGCCAGAUGAUGAGGAUGUGCUCAGAAAGCCUCCUCUUCCAAACAAUUUCUCAAAAGUGGUCAGAAAGAAGCUUCCUCCUCCAGAACCCGAAGAUGAUGAACGACCACCAACGCCACCUCCUAAAAAGCCAGUCACAAAAUUUCCGACAGACCAUUUGUAACCUUUUUAACCUUAGUCAGUCACUAGUCGCAUUGGGAAGCAAGUUCAUGUAUAGUGCUAAAAGGGUGCCAACAUACAGUAUAUUUUCAGCGUGUUUUUGAGCAACUGUGAUUCGCAAGGAUAUAAUAUAUAAAUAUUCUCAUUUUUAUCUUGGUGCCACUCCAUAGACAAAAAAUUUCUCCUGCCAAACCUGUCAUCAAUUGAUUUAACAAUUUUCAAACUUUUGUCCACAAUCGGCAAUGAAUUUUUAAAUGUGAAGAAAAAUGUUUUAGGCUCAAAAUGUUCCUCUCGUUAUCCAAGUGUUCAAAGUAUUAUAGAUUGUCUUCCAUUGCGUGCAAAUAUUUAGUUGGAAUAAAUAAUAUUCUUUCCAUUUUAGAGGACCAAAUUUUACACAUAUUUUUAGCAUUGCAGUUAUUGUCAGUAUAUAUGUUUGUAAGUAUAUCUACUGUUAAAUUGUGCAAUUUUGAUUUUUCUGUGUGGUAAAUAAUUAUAUUUAUAGUGAAUAUAUGUGCUCUGUAAUUGGACUUUACUUAAAGCUUGACAGUUUAAUUAAUUACAGUUGACGAGGAAAUACAAAAUAUUUAUGCAUUAAGUUAUGA